AUGGUUUCUGUUCGUAAUGUUGUUAUAAUCGUGAAGCAAAUCUUGGAAGAGUGGAUUGUUCGGGAGUCUGGAAUACUGUCCAAAACACAAUGCGAAACCUUGCUACGUUCUGAAGAGACUAUCUCUACCUUACCUACCAAAAGAGGAAAUUACCCGAGAUAUCCCCUCUAUGAGGAAAUUUCAAAAAAGUUACAUCAGUGGCUGUCCACUGGGAAUUUUCCUGUAAAAAGCGAAGCUUGUGGAUUACUUUCGGAGGAAAAUUUUUUUCAAGAAAGAAAAGGAAUCAGUUACGAAAAAGUUUCGCUGGUACUGGCCUCCCUUAACGAUUCUUGGACAGAGAUUUCUGAUGAAGAAAAACAUCUUCAGUUUUCUUCUAUCAUAAAAAUUCUUGGCGUUAGAGGAUUGCUUGAUCUGCUUAAUAUUCGUCACACGCAAGGAAGUGUUGAUAUUUUUCCUCCUCCUGUUAAAGUUCUAAUUGAAUCCUUUAACGAGAAACACAAACCAAAUGCCAAUUUGACAGUUGGUGCAAGGGCCUUGUCUAAACACUGUCACAGGGAUUCCAGUGAGUGGUGGGGUGCCUGUGCGGGUAGUGAACAAGUUAAGAACGAACAUGCUAUUACAGUUGUAAUGCGUAUACUAGAGGAUGCUUCAUGGAUUAAUAUCCACCUACUGCCACAUGAGCUCAAAGUUAUUGAAGUGAGGUGCACUGAAGGUUACGGCGCAAGAUGGAGUCAUGAUGGAAAAGUUUUCCGUGGAUUUCUUGAGCCUCAAAUGGAGGAUGGUCAUGCAGCAGGGUGGAAGCAUUGA